GUCAUUUUUAUUAUGUAUAGUCUACUUUUAUUUAUUUCGUAAAUAUUAUCAAACCCUGAUCCCAGUUUUUACAGUGUAGUCCUACUGCAAAUAUAUGCUAUCUAUUGAUUGAUUAAUAGUGAAUUUGACAUCAUCCCACUCCUACCCUCUAAAUUACUGCAGCUGAGGUGACACAGGUAUACCGCACAGUAAAACGUAGCCAGCCAGAGCUACAAUAGUGCUGACUGUUGACACAGGCUCAAUCAGAAGAUUUUUAUGUGAUUCCAAAAUGGUGAAGAAAAUGACUGGGGAGAACAAGCAAGAGGCACUGUUGAAACAAGUCCGAGGUCCAAAGGCAGUGGGUGAUGUGCUUAAGAUCUUAACGUCACCCAUCCCAUUCUCCAUACAGACCGAUGCCUCGAAUAAAUUGAGCAGGAAGAUGUUCCCCUUGCUGUCCAGUACUUCAGUCCAGAGUCUGGGCUCACCAACAAAAUGCUGGACUUCAUAGAGAAUGCAGACAAGUCAGCUGCUGGAAUUGUAGCUAUCCUGGAACAUUCCCUUAAGAAAUUUGGCUUGUCAAUGCAUCACGUGACCGGAUUCAGUGCCGACAACACAAAUGUUAAUUACGAUAUUCUCAACUUCGUUUUCACUAACCUGCAGAAAACAAACCCAAAACAAUCUGCUGCAAGGAAACUGCCAUGCCCACAAAGCGCACAAUACAGUUUUCUCAUCUAAAAAUAGAUACAUUUCUAUGCAUUUUAGGAGUUUUGGGGAUGCCCCUUUUUUUUCGCCGUAAGGCUUUGGGCGCGAGGGGGGGCGUCCCUUAUUUCUAUUUCUGAAAGGUGGCAACCCUAGGCAGCCGCUCUCACCUGCAGCCGGUGCAGGGAGAGACAACAGACGAGGGACAGGGUAAUGAUGAGCUGGUGGAAGUUCCCCAGACAAGAGCAGGGCAAGUAAGUAGGAAUGAAGAGGGUUACUUGCUAGGUAUAUUGGCAAUUGUUAUCCACCAUGUAGCUACAUUUUAAAUGAAAUAAAUGGGAAUUAAAGGGUUAGUGCCAGCUAGUCCAUGUCCCCGUUUGCAAUCGUGUCAAGUUACAGUAUGCUAGUCCUCUCCUAAGAAAAAAUAUUUUAGCUGUAAAACAACUUAUGCACACGCAGCAGCAAUAUUAAUUCAGAAGAAAUAUAGUCUCCUGACUUUUUGUUUCUACAUAGAGAUCCUAAGAGUGUUCUGUUCAUUUCUCAGUGAGUAUUCAAGUUAAAAUGUACAAUUGCAGCCUCUUUUCAUUGUUAUUAAUCAUAAAUCAUACCAUUUUUUCUUUGUGCUUCAGGCAGUCUCCUGCCUUUUCUGGUUCUAUAUUAAGAUCUGGACUGGGCUGUUAAUUUCUCAGUCUUGGCUCUCAUUCUGCGGCUCCAGAAGAGGAAGCACUUGGAAUCCGAGCAGGUGAUGUGGCCGGUCCACCUGGACAACAUCUGAGCUGUGUCACGGGCAGCGCAGAGCAUUGGAGGCUCCUUUUCCUCCUCCUUCCUUGAGGCCACUGCCUGUCUUCUUCCGCCCUUCCAUCUGACGGAAUGCGCUGAUCGCUCGUCUCGCCCGAGCAAUGAUGAUUUCCGUGGUGUCCACUGUGGAAAGCCUCCCCAGAGGCACGGGGACCCCGGCGCCGAGCGUGUACCAGCGGAUCAGAAAGAUCUUGAGCAGGGACCUGUUGGUGACGUUGGCCUUAGGUCAGGUCCUGUCCUUGUUGAUGUGCGCCAUCGGCCUGACUAGCAAGUACCUGGCUGAUGACUUUCAUGCCAACACGCCCGUGUUCCAGAGCUUCCUCAACUACAUCCUGUUGUUUCUUGUCUACACCACCACUCUGGCAGUCAGGCAAGGUGAAGGAAACUUGUUGGCCAUUUUGAAGCAGCGCUGGUGGAAGUACAUGAUUUUAGGGUUAAUAGACAUCGAGGCCAACUACCUGAUACUAAAAGCUUACCAAUACACCACACUAUCCAGUGUACAGCUAUUAGACUGCUUUAUCAUCCCAGUGGUCUUGGUGUUGUCCUGUUUUUUUCUAUUGGUGAGGUACAAGGCUGCCCAUGUUGUGGGCACAAUACUGUGUCUCCUGGGUAUUGGCUGCAUGGUGGGCGCUGAUGUACUACUUGGCCGACAGCAAGGCAUCGAAGAACAAAAGCUGUUUGGUGAUCUAUUAGUCUUGGGAGGAGCAACCUUGUAUGGAAUGUCCUUCGUCUGUGAGGAGUACAUAGUGAAGAACCUGAGCCGCGUGGAGUUCCUAGGCAUGAUGGGACUCUUUGGGUCGUUUUUCAGUGGAAUCCAACUGGCCAUAAUGGAACACAAGGAGCUGCUGAAGCUUCCCUGGGACUGGCAGAUUGGUCUUCUCUAUGUGAGCUUCAGUGCCUUCAUGUUCACCCUCUACAGCUUCAUGCCGCUGGUCAUGAUGAGAACAAGUGCCACCUUUAUCAGCCUCUCUCUGCUCACAGCUGACCUGUACACUCUUUUCUGUGGCCUAUUCCUCUUUCAUUACAAGUUUUCCUGCCUCUAUUUGUUGUCAUUCUUCAUCAUCAUCUUGGGCCUGGUGGUUUAUUCCUCUACCUCCACCUACGUGGUUCAGGACCCCCGAGUCUACAAGCAGUUCAGGAACACUGCCAACCAUCGUGCCAGUGACCUGCUCCUGCCCAGUAAUGGAAUCUUAGAGCCUUCUGUAGCAUAUACCAGUUUUCGCCCUGAAUCAGGGGAGGAACCUACUUUAAGUGUAAUAUAAGAUUAUCUAUGUCAGGGGUCGGCAACCUUCAACACUCAAAGGGCCAUUUUGACCCAGUUUUCACGGAAAAGACAACACUGGGAGCAGCACACUCUUUUUGACAUCUGAAAUAAAGGUGUUAGGGGCGCCUAUAUCAUGAGUCAGGAACCUUUUUGUCCGAUUGAGACAAAAGAAUCCACAUUUUAAAGUGUGAUUCUACAACUAAAUUGCUGUACUGUAUCUACAGUACAUAUACAGUGGUAUGAAGAAGUAUCUUAACCUUUUGGAAUUUCUCACAUUUCUGCAUAAAAUCACCAUCAAAUGUAAUCUGAUCUUUGUCAAAAUCACACAGAUGUAAAAACAGUGUCUGCUUUAAAUAAAACCACCCAAACAUUUAUAGGUUUUCAUAUUUUAUUGAGGAUAGCAUGCAAACAAUGACAGAAGGGGGGAAAAUAAGUUAGUGAACCAUCUGCCAAAGGAGACUUAAAGAGCAAUUGAAAGCAAUUUUUACAAAACAAGUCAGGUGUGUACCCAAUCACUGAUGAGUGGUUUAAAGCUGCCUUGCCCACUAUAGAGCACACACCUGGCAAGAAUUGUCUUGAUGAGAAGCAUCAUCUGACGUGCAUCAUGGCUCGGUCAAAAGAGCUGUCCAAACACCUGCGAUCAAGGAUUGUUGAUUUGUAAACAGCUGGGAAAAUAUACAAAACCAUCGCUAAAAGUGGAUGUUCAUAAAUCGACAGUCAGAGAAGUUGUCUACAAAUGGAGAGAGUUUGGCACUGGCGCUUUUCUCCCAAUGAGAGGCCGUCCACCAAAGAUGACGCAACGAGUUCAGCGCAGAAUACUCAGAGAGGUAAAAAAGAACCCUAGAGUGUCUGCUAAAGACUUACAGAAAUCACUGGCACAGUCCAAUAUCACUGUUAACGAUAUGUAAAACUAUGGCCAAGAAUGGUGUUCAUGAGAGGACUCCACAGAGGAAGCCACUGCUGUCUAAAAAAAACCAUUGUUGCUCGUUUAAUGUUCGUAAAAAGGACACUCCACAAAGGUUUUGGCAAAAUAUUUUGUGGACUGAUGAAACCAAAGCUGAAUUGUUUGGGAGUAACACACAACAUCAUGUGUGGAGGAAAAUUGGAACAGCUCACUAACAUCAACACCUCAUCCCCACCGUGAAGCAUGGUGGAGGGAGCAUCAUGAUUUGGGGCUGUUUUGCUGCCUCAGGGCCUGAACAACUUGCAAUCUUUAAUGGAAGAUUGAAUUCAAAAGUUUAUCAGGAUUUUUUGCAGGAAAACCUGAGGCCGUCUGUCAAACAGUUGAAGCUAAAAAAAGAAGAUGGAUGCUUCAACAAGACAAUCCAAAGCACAGAAGUAAAUCGACUUCAGAAUGGUUUCAGAAGAACAAAAUAGACGUUCUGGAGUGGCCAAGUCAAAGUCCAGACUGGUGAUUUUAUGCACAAAUGUGAGAAAUUCCAAAAGGUUCAGAUUUUAUCAUACCACUGUACAUACAGUGGCGCUUACGAUAUCUGUUAAAGGACUGCUGGUAGUCUGGGAUUGGCUCUUGCAACACCACGACCCUCAUGAGGAUCAGCAGCAUGGAAGCUGAAUGAAUGAAUUAAGCUUCCCUUUAUUAAGCAGAACCAGUCAGGUUGACUUUUAAAUACACCUUUAUUAAUAGAGCACUCACACACGUCAUGAAUUCACCAACUAUGUAAAGUGACAGUCAGAGGUGGGUAGCAACAUGUUACAUUUACUCCGUUACUUUUUGAGAAAAAUUUACUUCUGUGAGUAGUACCAUGCCAUACUUUUUACUUUUACUUAAGUAGAUUUGGGAAGAAGAAGCGCUACUCUUACUCCGCUACACUCGUCGUUACAUUUUUCCUCUUUAUCCUACAUGCUUUUUUUUUCCCCGGCGAUGCCAACAGUAGCUCUACCAGUUUCACCAAUGAGACGUCACAACAAUAAUCACAUGACUAUUAUACCAAUCAGACUCAAGCAAAAAAGUAUUUGAACCUUUUGGCAUUUCCCACAUUUCUGCAUAAAAUCACCAUCAAAUGUGAUCUGGUCUUUGUCAAAAUCGCACGGAUGAAAAAACAGUGUCUGCUUCAACUAAAACCACCCCAACAUUUAUAGGUUUUCAUAUUUUAAUGAGGAUAAUAUGCAAAAAUGGACAGAAGUGGAAAAAAAUAAGUGAACCAUCACAUUUAAUAUGUCGUGGCCCGCCCUUUGGUAGCAAUAAUCAGAUGCUUCCUGUAGCUGCAGUCCUCCCAUGAAGACCAUUCUUGGCCAUAGUUUUACAUAUGGUUGAUGUGUGCAUAGAGAUAUUAGACUGUGCCAGUCUGUAAGUCUUUACCAUACACUCUACGGUUCUUUUUUACCUCUUAGUAUUCUGCACUGAACUCUUGGUGUCAUCUUUGGUGGACAGCCCCUCCUUGGGAGUGAAGCAACAGUGCCAAACUCUUCCCAUUUGUAGACAACUUCUCUGACUCUCGAUUGAUGAACAUCCAGACGUUUAAAUAUGGUUUUGUAUCUUCUUCCAGCUUUAUACAAAUCAACAAUCCUUGAUUGCAGGUCUUUAGACAGCUCUUUUAACCGAGUCAUGAUGCACAUCAGACAAUGCUUCUAAUCAAGACAAUACUUACCAGGUGUGUGUUUUAUAGUGGGCAGGGCAGCUUUUAUACCACUCAUCAGUGAUUGGGCACACACACCUGACUUAAAUUGUUUGGUAAAAAUUGGUUUUAAUUGCUCUUUAAGUCUCCUUAGGCCAGGGGUCUCCAAACUGUUCCUCAAGGGCCGCUGUGGGUCCUAUUUUUUUUCAUACAGAUCGACCAUAGACAGUUUAACCAAUGAGGUUUUUGCUAAAACAAGUAGCACCUGAAUGCAAUCAACUGAUUACAAUUGUAAAACAAAGGUGGUGCAAAGGUGUCGUCUUGUUUUGUUGGAACAAAAUCCUGCACCCACUGCGGCCCUGUGUGGAAUAGUUGAAAACCAUUGCCUUGGGCAGAGGGUUCACUUCCUUACCCCCCCCCCCCUU